AGUGUCCGGACUGGAAGGGGGGGAAAGUGUCCGGACUGGAAGGGGGGGAAAGUGUCCGGACUGGAAGGGAGGGAAAGAGUCUGGACUGGAAGGGGGGGAAAGUGUCCGGGCUGGAAGGGGGGGGAAAGUGUCGGGACUGGAAGAGGGGGAAAGUGUCCGGACUGGAAGGGGGGUGAAAGUGUCCGGACUGGAAGGGGGGUGAAAGUGUCCGGACUGGAAGGGGGGGAAAGUGUCCGGACUGGAAGGGGGGUGAAAGUGUCCGGGCUGGAAGGGGGGAUGAAAGUGUCUGGACUGGAAGGGGGGGAAAGUGUCCGGACU